CACACUGAUCGAAGCCUGUCGUCGCUCGCUACCUCGGACACCGUCUACUGCAUCAUGGAGGCCUCGCCGUCUUGCAGCGACAGCAUCUCCCGCUCGUGGCUCGUCUGCAAGGCGCCGCUGCCGUCGUCCUUCGAGCAUGUCGACGCCGACGCCGAUGCCGGCCUCGGGUGUUCGUUCAACAGCUCCACGUCCUUCAUCUACAUGGACCCGGAGGACCUCUUCUCGAUGCGGUGGACGUCCUCCCCCAUGCCGUCGGCAGAGCAGGAGGAGGAGGCAGCGGAAUUCGACUUCGGCCAGCUGGCACGAGCCGGCGCAGCGCAGUGCUCCUCCCCGCUGCUUGUCGGCGCCGGACUACCCCUAACCUCGUUCGAGCCGAGAAAUAGCAUCGCGUCGUACGCCGACGCCGCCUUCUACUCCGCGCAGAGCACGCCGGCCUCCGCGGUCAUCAGCUCGCGGCGCGCGGGAGGCGCCAAGGCGCCGCUGCUGGCGACGCGGAGGCUUCUGGUCCGGUACAUGCGGCUCCUCGCGCCGUUGUGCCGGAAGGUGAAGGCGCUGCCGGCGCGGGCGCUCGCGCCGCGAUCGUCGACGCCCAGGGCUGCCGCCUUCGCCGCGGCGACGACGGCGUCCCCGGCGCGGCAGUCCACGUCCAGCUACGCGAGCGCCGCAGAGUACUGGUGCCAGGGCCACGCCGAAACCGCCGUGGGGGACGCCAUCCUCUACUGCAAGAAAUCCGUGCAAGGACAGGACGUGUAA